AUGAGCGUGUGCAUAGAUUAUCGAGAGCUUAACAACGUCACUGUCAAUAACAAGUAUAUGUUGCCUAGGAUUGAUGAUUUAUUUGACCAGAUUCAGUGUGCCAAGGUGUUUUCCCAUAUUGAUUUGAUAUAUGGCUACCAUCAAGUGAAGAUUAGGGCAUCGAAUGUCACUAUGGCAGCUUUUCGAACUCGUUAUGGUCACUACAAGUUCUUGGUGAUAUGGUUUUGCUUGACUAAUGCUCCACCAACCUUCAUAGAUUUGAUGAACCGAGUGUUCAAGCCUUAUUUGGAUUCCUCCGUGAUUUUCUUUAUUGAUGAUAUUCUAGUUUACUCUCGCAUUAGAGAGGAGCAUGAGCAACACAUAUGUAUUGUGUUUCAAACUUUGAAGGAUUGUCAGCUAUAUGCCACAUUUUUAAAGUGUGAGUUCUGGUUAGACUCAGUUAACUUUUGGGUCAUGUUGUGUCUUCCGAGUGGAAUUAAGGUGGAUCCUAAGAAGAUUGAGGCAGCUCAAAAACUGGCCUAG